UGACUGCCGCGAGGUCGCAGGUAAAGAGCCCGAUGCGGCCAGUAAAGAGCCCGAGCAGCGGCAGCACAGGGCCUGGCGGCAGCGGCCCUGGGCCCAGCAGUUGCAGCGUGCAUGAGCGUAGCGGAGCGGGAGAGCAAGGCCACAUAGAGGAGGAUAGCGCGGCGUCGCCCAAGAAGCGGCGCCGGCGCGCAGGUUGAGGCCGGCCGGUGUCUGGUCAGGGUCUCUGCUGGCGAGCAUAGCACCGCCGCGCAGUAUGCGGUGGGCCGCAGCAGUGAGGAGCGUUGGGGCUAGAGGAGUUCAUGCUGUUUGGUAGACUGCUGGCUGUGCCUUUGCUUGGCAGUGGGACGGGUGGCUGGACGCGUGGCAGGCCGUGCCUGCACGAACCGACCCCGGCUAUGUCAAGGAGAUGAGGUAUGUAGGUAGACGUUUGUUAGGUAGACUUGCGUGGAAGGCGCAAGGGGAACGAAGGCGCAAGGGGAAGGCGCGCCUGCUGCGCACGGUACUGUAACGCAGGCUUAGGUAGGCCUCUGUAAUCCAGUCGGCAC